AUGUCUGACAAGAAAAAAACCACGAGUAAGAACGAUGUUCAUCUUGCAAACAAUCAACGAAUAUCAACCAAACGUUCGUUAUCAACUCAAUCAUCCACUGAACUCAAUAAAACAAGAUCUGAAUCAACUUCCAAACGUCAGAAGUCACUUUUAAUCUGUGUCGUUUGUGAUGCUGAUGCUCACGGUUAUAAUUUUGAUGCAAUAUCAUGUGAAUCAUGUAAAGCAUUUUUUCGACGAAAUGCCUUACGACCAGUACAAAAACUAAAAUGUCGUCGCAACGAUGCUCAUUGUGAUGUAAGAUUUAAUAUUAAGAAGCGAUGUAGAAAAUGUCGCCUCGAGAAAUGUACUGAAAAAGGUUUGGAUCAUUAA